AUGCAAAUACACAUUAUCAGACUAGUGCUUGCAGCAAUUUUUUAUAUCCGGAUUUUUGGAGAACUGCCCUUUAAAUGGAUGCUAUUGUUUGUCACUAAGCAAUACUUAUAUGGCCACAAGAAUUGGGUUCUUUGUAUUGCAUGGUCAGCAGACGAUAAGCAUCUCAUUAGUGGAAGUAAGGCUGGAGAUCUUCAAUACUGGGACCCACUGACUGGGAAGCCAUCAAGAAAUCCACUUAUUUGCGAUUCCAGCUGGUUGGUAAAAGGGUUGAUGGCUUUGGCCGAAUCUGUUUCAAGUAGUGGCUAUGAAAACAAUGCCUAUCCAAGUUCUUUCCUUUCUGUCACUUGGAACUUUUAUGUAGACUUUGCGACUCCUGAAAAUGAGAAUAAAGUGUCUGCUGCCAUUAGUGUUAUGUUUUGA